AUGGCAAGAGAUUCUCGACGGAGGAGAUCUAGAUCUAGAUCUCGCAGCACUUCCAGCAGUCCCGACCGUGGCAGGAGGAGGAGUCGAUCCCGCAGCAGGGAUCGUUUUCGUAGAUCACACAGUCGGGAUCGACGUACUCCUGAGAGAUUUCGAAGAUCUCGUUCUAGAGACAGACGAAGAAAUAAUAUAAAAUCAGCGGAAGAAAAUGAAAAUAGAAAAACUCAAAGAAGUUCUAAGCAGAGAAAACAUCCGGAAGAAAAGAUCACUCCAAAGGAGAACUCGAAUCCGCAUAUCAGAUCAAGAAGUCGAUCAAGAGAUCGUCGCUACAGAUCUCGUUCCCGUGGACGUCGUUCUCGAUCACGUUCGCCACGCUCCUACGAACAUUCCAGAAGGGAUAGACGUUCCAGAAGUGGCGAGCGCAGUAGAAAAUCCCAUUCCGAAUUCCGAAUGAUUGUAAUCUGUAGGACUAAUCUGCAUGACCUGCCACAGCCCGAACAAGUACAUUUGCUUUCUUAUUUCCCCGAUUGCCACAGUGUUCUCUCAGCCAGUUGA